AUGAAGGCGUGGCACGAACCUGAUAGUCCAACUGUCGAUAUCUGCUUUAUCCAUGGUUUAACCGGCCACCGUGACAAGACCUGGACGGCCGACGACUCAGAGAACGAGCCAUGGCCUAAAACGCUGCUGCCAGAAAAAUUCCCCGAGGCCCGCUUGCUCACAUUCGGAUACGAUGCCGACGUGGUUCGCGCUGGCGUGGCCUCCAAAUCCUCGAUCAAGAACCUCGCAGACAGGCUCCUUCACGUCCUUACAACCGAUCGCGGACCAAACGCGUCCCAUCGCCCGCUUAUAUUUAUUGUGCACAGCCUAGGCGGCAUCGUGUGCAAGAAGGCGGUUGCGCGAUCGACGAACGAUUCGGAUGAAACACUCCACAGUGUGGCUACGUCGCUCAUCGGAAUCGUUUUCAUGGGCACGCCGCACGACGGAUCUGGAUUUGCGGAUUUAUUCGGGCUGCUUGCACCCGGUAUCCGCUUUUUCAAGUCCUUCAACAGCCGACUUGUAAAUGUGCUGAAGAGGGGUAAUGAAUUGGCCGCGGAAAUUGAUAACGACUUUUGGAACGCGUGGAAAGUGAUUGAGAAGGACUUCAAUGCACAGAUUGAGAUAUUCUGUUUCUUCGAGGUGCUUCCUAUACCAGGCGUCAAGACAUGCGUUGUACCCGAGAAGUCGGCCAUUUAUCAGCAGCACCACUCACAGAGUAUCGACGCAAAUCACCAUGAUAUGGUCAAGUUCCGGUCGGCAGAUGAUCCUGGCUUUAUGAGUCUUAACCAUAACUUUGUCGGACGAGAGAACAUAUUGAAGGAUCUUCGGCAGUUGCUGUUUGAGGAUAAGGACACUCAUCCGAUUGUGGCGCUCUAUGGCCUCGGCGGCAUCGGAAAGACACAGGUGGCCAACGCACUGGCACAUUGGACGAAAAAUCACAGGAAAGAAUGCUCCGUUUUCUGGGUGCCUGCGGUGAGCAAGGAAAUCUUCGAGAAGGCCUGUGGCGCUAUAGCGAAAACUCUGGGGAUCAAAUGUGCAGGCAAUGAAGACAUCAAGACACUGGUCUGCGACCAUCUCAGCUCAGAGGCUGCUGGCGAGUGGCUUCUCAUCAUAGACAACGCAGACGAUCCCGAUCUCAUCGUCGGACGCGACACACCAGACAGUCUCGACCAAUACUUUCCACGGAGUGACAGCGGGCGAACCCUAGUCACGACGCGUACACAGAGUGUGUCCCAGGCCGUAGCCCAGAAAACGAUACCCUUGGAAGCGUUCGACCUACCACAAGCAAGACAGCUGGCGACAAAACUACUCGAGCGGCCGGACAUGCUGAAUGACUCUGCCUCGAUGGAUGAGUUGUUGCAAGAGCUCGAAUAUCUCCCUUUAGCCAUUUCGCAGGCGAUGGCGUACAUUAAGCAACUCAACUUGUCGGCCGCGGAGUAUCUUAAGCUGUUACGCCGCACCAACACAGACAGACUGGACUUGCUUGGCAAAGAGAUCCCGGACAGCAUCCGAUACAAGGAGUCACGUCAUGCCGUCGCUACUACUUGGCUAGUAUCCUUUGACCAUCUACAGAAAGCGAGCCCUGGUGCGGUCUCCCUGCUCGAGUUUCUGUCUCAGAUUCAGCCAAAGGCAAUUCCGUGGUCUCUACUGCCAAAUGAAAAGUCGAACGCAGCCCUUCACAACGCUGUCCUUGAUCUUUGCAAGUACAGCUUUGUGUCUAAUCACUAUGGCGUGCUUGAUAUGCAUAGUCUGGUUCACAUGGCAAUUUGCAGCUGGCUUAAGAAAAACGGCCGCAUAGAAAUGGUGGCAAUCAGUGCACUGCGGCAUCACGCGCUUGCAAUAGCGUAUCAAAGCAACGGCCAGAUUUAA